AUGGACGGCACAGGCAAACUGAAAGUUCUCCUGAUCUUGGGAUUGCUGACGCUCGCGCGAGCGGAGGCGGAGGAGAAGAAGCAGGAGGCCGAGCCCGCGACGGCCGAGUCGGCUCCAGUUGAGAAAAAAUCGGAGGAAAAGUCGAAGCGCGGCCUGGAAUUCAGCCUCGGCGAUCACCUGGGCUUCGGCGAACUGGGCGGCUUCCACGACUUUGGCCACGUUCCCCUUUACCAUCACGAUCACCACCACGUCAAGACCGUCACGUUUACCAAACACGUUCCGGCGCCCUACCCCGUCUACCACGAGAAACACGUUGGAGUUCCAGUCAAGGUACCGAUCAAAGUGCCGGUCGAUAGGCCAUAUCCAGUACCAGUGCCAGCACCCUACCCUGUCGUUCACGUUAAGCAUGUGCCAGUAAUCCACGAGAAGCCAGUACCAGUGCCCGUGCACGUCCCGGUCCAUGUCCCGGUAAAGGUCCCAUACGAAGUUAAGGUGCCCGUGAAAGAAGUAGUCGAAGUCCCACGGCCGUAUCCAGUAAAACAAAUCGUUAAGGAACCAUACCCGGUGUACAUCAAGCACCACGAGCAUCACGGGUACGACCACGGAUACGGGCAUCACUUUUAAAUCAACGCUUCUCUGAAAAUUGUACAUUUACCCUCAGUUGCAACGAUAAUCUUUCCUCCAAGAAAUGCGACGAUCUCACGAAUGACGCAU